CUCUUCAUCUCUCUCUCUCUCUCUCUCUUUAUAUUAAACCCUUCCAUUUCCAAGUUCAAAGAUUUUCUUUUUCUCUUCACACCCCUCUCAUGGCAUCUUCUUCUGGUAGUUUAGACACCUCUGCAAGUGCAAACUCCUUCACCAACUUCACCUUCUCCACACACCCUUUCAUGACCACUUCUUUCUCUGACCUUCUUGCUUCUCCCACAGACAACAACAAACCACCACAUGGUGGUGGUGGUGGUUUGUCUGAGAGAACUGGCUCUGGUGUCCCCAAAUUCAAGUCCACACCACCACCUUCUCUGCCUCUCUCUCCUCCUCCCAUUUCUCCUUCUUCCUACUUUUCUAUUCCUCCUGGUUUGAGCCCUGCUGAGCUUCUUGACUCACCUGUUCUCCUUAACUCUUCCAACAUUCUGCCAUCUCCAACAACUGGAGCAUUUGUUGCUCGGAGCUUCAAUUGGAAGAGCAGUUCCGGGGGGAACCAGCGAAUUGUCAAAGAAGAAGACAAAGGCUUCUCAAAUUUCUCCUUUCAAACCCAACAAGGACCUCCUGCUUCAUCCACAGCAACAUAUCAGUCUUCAAAUGUCACAGUUCAAACACAACAGCCAUGGAGUUAUCAGGAGACCACAAAGCAGGAUAAUUUUUCUUCAGGAAAGAGCAUGAUGAAAACUGAAAAAUCUUCAUCCAUGCAAAGUUUUUCCCCUGAGAUUGCUAGUGUCCAAAAUAAUCAUAGCAAUGGGUUUCAAUCGGAUUAUGGCAAUUACCCCCCACAAUCUCAGACCUUAAGCAGAAGGUCAGAUGAUGGGUACAAUUGGAGGAAAUAUGGCCAAAAACAAGUGAAGGGAAGUGAAAAUCCAAGAAGUUAUUACAAAUGCACAUACCCCAACUGCCCUACAAAGAAGAAGGUUGAGAGGUCUUUAGAUGGACAAAUUACUGAGAUCGUUUAUAAGGGUACUCAUAACCAUCCUAAGCCUCAAAAUACUAGGAGAAACUCAUCAAAUUCCUCUUCUCAUGCAAUCCCUCAUUCAAAUCCCAUCAGCACUGAAAUCCCAGAUCAAUCCUAUGCCACACAUGGAAGUGGACAAAUGGAUUCAGCUGCCACCCCAGAAAACUCAUCAAUAUCAAUUGGAGAUGAUGAUUUUGAGCAGAGUUCUCAAAAGUGUAAAUCAGGAGGGGAUGAAUAUGAUGAAGAUGAACCUGAUGCCAAAAGAUGGAAAAUUGAAGGUGAAAAUGAGGGUAUGUCUGCCCCUGGAAGUAGAACAGUAAGAGAACCUAGAGUUGUAGUUCAGACAACCAGUGACAUUGAUAUCCUAGAUGAUGGGUAUAGAUGGAGAAAAUACGGGCAGAAAGUAGUGAAGGGCAAUCCAAAUCCAAGGAGUUACUACAAGUGUACACACCCAGGAUGUCCAGUGAGGAAGCAUGUGGAAAGAGCUUCACAUGACCUAAGGGCUGUGAUCACAACCUAUGAGGGGAAGCACAACCAUGAUGUUCCUGCAGCUCGUGGCAGUGGCAGCCAUUCUGUUAACAGACCAAUGCCAAACAAUGCUUCAAACCCUACCAACACUGCAGCCACUGCCAUAAGUCCCUUGCAAGUGAUCCAACACAGUGACAAUUCCCAUCAGAACCAAAGAUCUCAAGCACCACCAGAGGGGCAAUCACCCUUCACCCUAGAGAUGCUACAAAGUCCAGGAAGUUUUGGAUUCUCAGGGUUUGGGAAUCCAAUGCAAUCUUACAUGAAUCAGCAGCAACAACAACUAUCUGACAAUGUUUUCUCUUCCAGAGCCAAGGAGGAGCCUAGAGAUGACAUGUUCCUUGAGUCUCUACUAUGCUGAAGGAAUUUCUUUUUGGUAGCUAUGGAAGGUUGGAAAUUUUGGAAGGGGGGGACUAGGAUUUAUUGGACAAAUAAGGUUCAUUCCAUUUAUUGCAUUUUUUGGUUUGUUUUUGUUGUAAAUUUUAUACAGCCACACAGGAUUGGUAUAGUAUAUAUUUCAUAACUGUUGUAUGUUUUUACACAUGGUGUUGGUGAAAUUUUUUGAUUACUUUGGGGUUUCUCUUUUAGUUGGGAGGAGAACCUUAUGUUAAUCUUUUGUAAGAUUCUGUUAAUUUUUUCCUGUCUUCACAAUUGUUCACUAUCAAAAUAGUAAAGUUUCACAAGAAAUGUGAAUUAUUUUUGCUAAA